GGGCUGCACCCGGGGCGGGCAGAGGACGGGGCCGGCCCCUCCCGUGUCCCCUCCCCGGGCUGGGCUGGGCUGGGCUCCGGCAGCGCUGCGGAGCGCGGGGAGAGCAGGACCCCGGCCCCGAGGGACUCCGGCCAGGUUGGCUAAACCCACCGGCUUACCUUUGUCGGCAUCGGUGCUAUCAGAGAGCACGGGCAGAAGAGCAAAGCGAUUGACUUCCCAGGUGUGCUGCAUCGUUUGCUCAUCCACGGAGCACCGUUGUGCCCAAACUCACUCUGCACAUCUCUGGUCCCCCCUCGGCAGCCAGCGAUGACUGACACGGUGGUGGGUGGCAGCUCUGACCGGUGGAUGUGCCCCAGCGACAGGACCAUGUCUCUCCGGGCCAGCAGUGAGAAGGAGCAGCUCCCCGCUGGCUGGGCAGCGCGGGGCGGACAGCCCGACCGGCAGCGCAAGGGUGACGAGCUGACAGAUGAGGAGAAGGAGAUCAUCAACCGAGUCAUCGCCCGGGCCGAGAAGAUGGAGGAGAUGGAGCAGGAGCGCAUCGGGCGACUCAUGACCCGGCUGGAAGACAUGCGCCGGAGCGUGCUGGGAGAUGGGGUGAACCGCUGCAUCCUCUGCGGGGAGCAGCUGGGGCCGCGGGGAUCCGCCUGCGUCGUCUGCGAGGACUGCAAGAAGAACGUCUGCACCAAGUGCGGAGUGGAGACCACCAACAGCCGGCCCCACGCCAUCUGGCUCUGCAAGAUCUGCAGCGAGCAGCGAGAGGUGUGGAAGCGCUCCGGUGCCUGGUUCUUCAAGGGUUUGCCUAAGCAAAUGCUGCCCCAGCCGAUGCCUAUCAGCAAGAACAAGGGACCCCAAGCCCCAAGUGAGCCCAGCCCAUCAGAGCCGCCUGCCCAGGACCAAAAACUCCCCUCCCGUGCGCCCACCCGAGGCCAGGCGGACGCCGGGCCACCGGCCGAACUGGACUCUGAUGGCAGCGACGUGACGGCAGCUGCCCGGGAGAGCCACGCAGCGCCCGGCCGUAAGCCAGCCGAGGGCAGGCAGGGCCCGUGCGGCAGUGAGGAUGCCGACAGCCACGACUACGCUGCCGAGAGCGGGGUCAGCAGGAGCCCUGGCGUGAAGCGGACUAACUCCCUGCAAGCCCAACGGCCGCCCCCGCCAGCCGCUGGCAGCUCUGCUCCUGGUCCUGGUCCAGCGGCAUCCCAAGCUCCGCCAGCAGCAGGAAGACCGGAUCCCGGGGUGGCUGGCCGGUUCCCGGAGAGACAACAAGCCAGCCCACUGCUGGGACCCGCAGAGCCAGCCCGUGCUGCUGCCAGGGAGGAGCGAGGAGGGGGCUACGGCGUGCCCCCUGCCAGAGAGGAGAGGCCAGCCCGGCAGCCCCCCGCCUUCCAGCAGCCCCCCGCUGUCCCACCGGCGCCUGCUGCCCCGCUACGGCAGCCACCGCAGGAGGAAGAGGAGGAGGAUGCCAACAGCUACGACUCUGAUGAAGGCACUACCCUGGGAGCGCUGGAGUUCAGCCUGCUCUACGACCAGGAGAACAGCUCCCUGCACUGCACCCUCAUCAGGGCCAAAGGCUUAAAGCCGAUGGAUUCAAAUGGCCUGGCAGAUCCCUAUGUCAAACUGCACCUCCUGCCUGGAGCCAGCAAGUCAAAUAAGCUGAGAACGAAGACACUGCGCAACACCCGUAACCCUGUGUGGAAUGAGACCCUGGUCUACCAUGGCAUCACAGAUGAGGACAUGCAAAGGAAAACCCUCAGGAUCUCCGUGUGUGAUGAAGACAAGUUUGGUCACAAUGAGUUUAUUGGAGAAACUAGAGUUUCCUUGAAAAAACUCAAAGCCAAUCAGAAAAAGAACUUCAACAUCUGCUUGGAGAGAGUAAUACCUAUGAAGCGUGCUGGAACAACUGGUUCAGCCCGUGGGAUGGCACUAUAUGAAGAGGAGGUAGAUCGUGGUGGGGAUGUGGAGGAACGUGGGAAGAUCCUCGUGUCCCUCAUGUACAGCACCCAGCAGGGCGGCUUGAUUGUCGGCAUCGUACGCUGUGUGCAUUUAGCAGCCAUGGAUGCCAACGGAUACUCUGACCCUUUCGUUAAACUUUGGCUGAAACCUGACAUGGGAAAAAAGGCCAAGCACAAGACACAGAUUAAGAAGAAAACAUUGAAUCCUGAGUUUAAUGAGGAGUUCUUCUAUGAUAUAAAACACAGCGAUCUGGCCAAGAAGUCGUUGGACAUUUCUGUCUGGGAUUACGACAUCGGAAAGUCGAAUGAUUACAUUGGAGGCUGUCAACUUGGCAUUACGGCUAAGGGGGAGCGCUUGAAACACUGGUAUGAAUGCUUGAAGAACAAGGACAAGAAGAUUGAACGCUGGCACACCCUCCAAAACGAGAACCACGUUGCCAGUGAUUAAAGGGGGCUGCUACCCGAACCUCCCCAAACAGCCCAUCCUCUGCCAAGCCCCUGUAGGUCUCUGGUGUCCGUCUUCCAGCACAGUCAUGCCUUGCUACAUGCCUCUGGUCCCAGGGCAGCAGUGCUCUUCUGCCUCCUCCAAGCAUCCUCCGUGCCCUGUCCUUGCCUCCACCUGAAAACUAACCCAGAUCUUUUGUAUUGACCUCCUUUGUUUUUCUGGGGGGAGGGGGUCAUUGAAUUAUCCUGGUGUGCGAUUUUGUCAAGCAAUAGUUACCCUCUGACUGUUCCUCUUUCUCACUAGUCUCACGUGCGCUGUGAAUCGCCUUCCUGUUGUGUGUGUGAUGCUCUGUGUUCCUCCAGCCCUCUGCUCGUGUGGCUCAUCUCAUCUCCACCAGCUCGUGGCUCCUUUAUCUCCCAGCGGGAUGCGUGACCACCAGCCUGGCCGUGCUCUCGUCCGGCGUGGCGGGGGUCGAGCACUGGUGUCAGAGCAGCCUGUUCUCCUUGUGUGAUAUCGAUACCUCAGCUGCAAUAAUGAAAAAGCUGUUUGGUUUUGGUGUGGGUCGUAACUGUAGCCUGGUAUCCGUGUUGUCGUGAUUAGGCUAAAGCCUCUGUCACUGAUCUAAUCCUGCAAGUCCUGCUUGAGCUUUAGCUCCGAUCUGGUACACUUGAGCAAUAUUGUGGUACAUCCUUUGCUGAGAGGAUCCACCAACAAUAUGAUAACAAUAACGAGAAAUAGAGAGUUGCUCUGUGCUUGUAGGGAAACACAGAUUUGGGUUGGUUUUGUGUUUGUUUCCAGACUCUACGUGUGGUUCCUUUCGCCCGAGGAACUCGCAUGCUCCAUUGCUGUAGGAGCACACCCAUGUUUUGAGCUUGUGACUACCUCCUCUUCGCAUCCUAGCUGCGUAGUAGUGACUAGCUGAAUCCUGAGGGCAGUCCCUGCACCCUCCUCAGACCAUCCUUUCUAUUGCUGACCGUUUGCUAUGCCACAUGCAGGAGGGAAGCAGAGGGAGAAGAUCCUUCCCACCAACUAGCUGAUGUGUGCUAGGAUUAUUGCUUUAAAAAUACUUCAAGCGCUGAGAUUAGCUGGAACAGUUAGUCUUCCAGCUCUGGGGUUGUGUUGUUUUGCAAAUCUGCAUAUGAAUCGUUGUUUUCAACCUGCACUUUAAUGAUCAUCUGGAGGUGUUUGAUUUAUUCUUGAUAGCAGGAGAAUCACGACCCUUUCAGACUGAUGCUGAUUGGGUUUGGUUUGCUGUCUCUGGACAAGCUCAAGCAUAGCACUGUCAGUAGGAACACAACAAGCACUACUGGAAGGUGUUGGUCAGCCACACACUGCGCAUGGUGUUUGAAACCUGAACUCCAGUCCCUUUGGUUCACGCUGUCACCCCAUGAAUUCCCUUGCAGCCGUCACUCUAGUGUGCUGGCAUAUGGCGUGUUCUCAAUUUAGCUGUUCGGCAGAGCUAUUUCCUUUGAAUUGGAUGAGUUAUUUUCCCAUUCUAUAUAUGAAGUUUUGGGUUUUUUGAUUAUUCCUUUCCCCACCUCUUCCCCUGGCAGAAUUUGCUCUGAGCAUCUCUGCCGGGUUCUGGUUUCUGCAGCUGGUGGAGGCUUUGUGCUGAGUGAUGCUAACGUCUCUGUGUGAUGCUAAGCUCUGUGUGCCGAGUGAUGCUUCUGUCUCAGAGCAGCCCUUCCCCAGCUCUGGGCUUGCGUAUCCAAGGAAAUCUGCAUUCCCUCUAGCCCUGGCUGGGUGCUGCCAGCUUGUUGUAGCCAGCUCUCCACCAGGAGACACCCUUGGACUGUGGAUGGGGAAAGCAAAUCCAAACCACCAUGGGCAUCCUCUGCUGUUUUCAGCCUGAGCUGGGGCAGCUCUUCUCUUCUAUCCUGGGGUGUGGACACUGAGUUGGGAGCUGCUCGGGCCAUGAUGGACAGAAGAAUACAAUGGGACAGGACACUUUGGAAAUGUUCCCCUUCUUUUUCGUGCAGUUCUUGACUCUGUACAAGCAAUGCCCCAGAGAUCCUGAGCCACGCUGCCCUUGGCACGGGCUGUGAAGAUGACCCAGACUGAAAUGACCUGGUUCUUCUGGAUCCUUUCCCUCUGUGUCUCAUGCUGUUUCCUGCAGCCCUGCCAGGCCACUCGCUGCUCUGGGCAGAGGAGGUUUGGCUGUAGGAUGCUGCUGUCCUCCUUUCCAGAGUGUUAGACCCACCCACAGCCUGUGCAUGGCCCUUGCCUGUACCCUUUGCAGCAGCAACUGAGCACAGGGCAGUUUUGAGCUGUGCUGGGGAAAUGUGUGGCUGGGGAUGAAUUACUUUUAAAAUACAAAAAAAACCCCAAAGUGAGCAAUUCCUUAUUUUAUUCCAGACCUGCAGCAGCCCAGCCUCCUUUAUGUGUGCAGAACAAUUAAAUUAAGGUUUCCUUUACCCACGUCCUUUAUUGCCAUUCUCCACUCAGCCUGCUUUCCCUUCAGAGAAACGAUACUCAAAUCAUCUCUUUGCACCCAUAAAAACAAAGUGCAACUCACCAAUCCCCUUCUUGCUAUUGUGCAAACCACAGUCCUUGUCUCUCUCUGCCACCCUCUUCUUCUGAGGUUUUCUGAUGGUAAUUUCUGCCCUGAAUGACUUCUUUUCAUUGUAAAUAACGCAUGCACAUAUGGAUUGGGAAUGGUGAAAAAAAAAAAUUAAAAGAGCCUCUUCUACUGCUGUUUGCAUUCAAACUCGCAUGCAGUGAUUUUACAGCAAAACAUCAGUUUACAACUAUUAAGAAAAAAAGAAAAUGUUACACAGGAAUUAGAAAUAUUCCAGUCUUCCGCUGCAUGCAGCACAACAUCCUCUUUUGAUGUGGUAUCUAAUAAAGUGAGACUAUUGGAAAAGGAAAAAA